AUGCUGGCGAAAUGGGAUACCGCUUCCCAAAGAGGACAGGAACUUCAUAGAACAGCAGAUACAUUAGCAACCAAUGCAUCACUAGCCAACACGUCAACCAACAUCUCCUCAGUUCACUCAUCUUCAUCCAACUCUUCGUCCGUCAACCAAUCACCCGUCAAGUCAUCUUCAGUUGGCAGAUCUUCAGUCCACUACUUCAACACAACUGUAGUCGAUUCAUCUUCAGACUCAAAGGAAGCACUGAGGUCAUCAGUAGGUCUGCGUAGGCCAACAGAUCCCUGUUCGUUUCCUUGUCUGAAUGGAGGUCAGUGUGUCCAUCCUGAGUCAUGUGACUGCAGUUUAUACCAAGCUACUGGAACACGAUGCCAAACAGUUCCUAACCCAGGAUUUGAGAGGGAGAUGGCGUGUCGGUCGUGGGGCCAGUAUAACUACGAGACGUUUGAUGGGCUGUACUAUCACUUUCCUGGGAGAUGUACCUAUACUCUGCUGAGAGACUGUGAAGACACCAGCCAGGCCAGCAUCCUCAUACAGGUCCACAAUGACCCAGACUGCCGCUCGUCUCCCUACUCCUGCACGCGGUCAGUUAGUCUCUUCCUGCCCUGGGAAGGAGAGAUCAGGUUGCACAGGUCCAAAGUUACCUUCAAGGGACAGAGUGUUCAGCUGCCUCACCACAUCCAUGACGUGGAGCUGGAGAGGAUCUCCCGCUAUGUCUUGGUGACCCAGCAACAUGGCUUCACCCUGGCCUGGGACGGACACAGUGGCUCUGUCUACAUCAAGCUGAGCCCAGAGUGGGUGGGCAGGACCUGCGGUCUCUGUGGCAACUUCAACGCAGACGUACAGGAUGACCUGAAGACCAGCUACGGUGUGGUGACGGAGGACCUGUCCAUGUUUGGGAACAGCUGGGUGGAGGAGGAGCUUCACCAGGCCAGGUGUCCCAUGGUGCCCUUCAUGUUCCCCUCGCCCUGCGCCUCACGUGACCCACACAUACUACUGAAAGUGGAGGAGGUGUGUGCAAUGCUUCUGAUGGAACCAUUUACCGGCUGUCAUGAGUUUGUCAGUCCUCUGUCUUACAUGGCUAGCUGCUCCAACGACCUCUGUCUGUCGGGUCCCAACGGUGAUGUGGUAUGCCAGGUGUUCACGGAGUAUGCCCGGGCCUGUGCCCACGCCGACCACCCACUGACGGACUGGCGGACUCACAUACCACAGUGUGCGAUGCCGUGCCCUCCCGGUCUGCAGUAUAAGGAGUGCAUCACCUGCUGCCCUGUGUCCUGUAACAUGGACAGAAUGUGCUUUGACAACAAGCUGCAGUGUCUAGACGGAUGCUACUGUCCCGACGACCUGAUCUAUGAGGAGGGAAGUUGUGUGAAGGCCUCAGACUGUCCCUGUGAAUACCACGGCAUGGUCUACCCCUUCGGACAGACCGUUCAGGAGGAGUGUAACAACUGCACGUGUGUGGGAGGAGUGUGGAACUGCACAGAGUACAGCUGCCCAGGAGAGUGCUCUGUGACUGGGGACAUGUACUUCCACUCGUUUGACGGCAGGAUGUUCACCUUCCCAGCUUCCUGUCAGUAUGUCCUGGCUAAGAGUCGUAACUCAGGGAAGUUCACUGUCACCAUUCAGAACGCCCCGUGUGGACCCCAUUUGGACGGGUCUUGUAUCCAAUCAGUCAGCCUGGUCAUAGACGAGGACCCACGGACUGAGAUCACACUGACCCACCUAGGAGAGGUCUUCAUGGCAGGACAGUACCGUAUCUCUCUGCCCUAUUCAGACGAGGUGUUCCACAUCCAGGAGCUGUCCUCCAUGUACCUGCAGGUGCGUACUGCUCUGGGUCUGCAUCUGCAGUACAGCUGGAGGGAGUUCCGUCUCUACCUGCAGGUGGAUGAGCUGUGGAAGGGCGACACGGUGGGGCUCUGUGGAACCUUCAACGGAAACAUCCAGGACGACUUCCUGUCCCCGUCUGGUAUGAUAGAGAGCACCCCUCACCUGUUUGGCAACGCCUGGAGGGUAUCCUCUGCCUGUGUCCCCAGCCAGAGUGUUCCCCAGCUUGACCCAUGUGACACGCAUCAGCAAGCAGCAUCCUACGCCUCUGAGAUGUGUGACAUCCUGAACCAGGAGUUGUUCUCAGCGUGUCAUGAGUACCUGAGUCCGGUGCCCUUUCACCAACAGUGUAAAGCAGACACCUGUAAGUGUGGCCAGCCCUGCCUCUGCUCUUCCCUGGCCCACUAUGCUAGACAGUGCAGGAAGUACUCUGUCAUCACAGAGUUCAGAGCCAGCGUACCUGACUGUGAGGUGACAUGCCCAGAUACCAUGGAGUACGGAACCUGUGUGUCGUCGUGCCAACGGCGUUGCUCCGCCCUGUCCACGCAGCAGCACUGUGGAGAGGAGUGUGAGGAGGGCUGUGUGUGUCCACACGGCACCUUCUACAGCACACACUCACACACCUGUGUGCCCAGGAGCUCCUGUCCCUGUAGUUUCCUGGGGGCGGACUAUGCUCCAGGCGAUGUGAUCAUGACAUCAGCAGGUGUACAGAUUUGCCAAGAUGGCAAGCUAGUUUCCCAAAGUCCUGCCACUGACCAACAGUGUCCGCUGGGUCAGAUGUACCUGGACUGUACUGAGAGGCUGGAGGGGCUGAAGGCUGUAGAUGGGAUCAGCCUGGGUAGAGGACUGGGCUGUGAACACACCUGUGAAUCCCACCUGCUCAACCUCACCUGUUCAGCUCAUGAACCGUGCAUACCUGGCUGUGUCUGUCCCCCUGGAUUGCUGAAACAUGGUGAUGAGUGUUUUGAGCCUGACGCCUGCCCCUGCCUCUGGAAGGGGAAAGAGUACUAUCCAGGAGAUAGAGUCAUCCCCUGUCAUCAAUGUGUCUGCCAGCAUGGAACAUUCCAGUGUGUGUUCCGUCCGUGUCCAUCCAUGUGCACAGCCUACGGGGACCGCCACUACAGGACCUUUGAUGGUCUACUGUUUGACUACGUGGGAGUGUGUAAAGUCUACCUAGUAAAGAGCAGUGCUGAUCUGAUGAUGAGUGUGAUGGCUGAGAACGUGGACUGUUACGACAGCGGCGUCAUCUGCAGGAAAUCUCUACUCAUCAACAUUGGUAGAUCUUUCAUUGCGUUCGACGACGACAGUGGCAAACCAAACCCAUCCAGUGUGAUCGACUGGAGGCAGGAGAUGUUCAUAUGGAGCGCUGGGCUCUUCACCGUGGUCCACGUUCCCGAGGAGGACCUGACCGUGCUCUGGGAUCGCAAGACCACGGUCCACAUCCAGGCUGGACCACGCUGGCAGGGCAAGCUGAGCGGUCUGUGCGGGAACUUUGACCUGAGGACGGUCAAUGAGAUGAGGACACCAGAGAACAUAGACUCUGCCACGCCUCAGGAGUUUGGCAACAGCUGGACGGCAGCUGAGUGUGUUAACAGCCCAGACAUCAGACACCCCUGCAGUCUGAACCCCCUGAGGGAGCCGUUCUCCAAGAGGCAGUGUGGAGUCCUGCUCAGCGAGGUCUUCCUGGUCUGCCACCCGGUGGUGGACGUGACAUGGUUCUAUAUGAACUGUCUGGCAGAUACGUGCGGCUGUAGUCGCGGUGGGGACUGUGAGUGUUUCUGUACCAGCGUGGCAGCCUACGCCCACCGAUGCUGUCACCAGGGUGUCACCGUGGACUGGCGAUCUCCGUCGAUCUGCCCCUACGAUUGUGAAUACUACAACAAAGUUCUGGGUAAAGGCCCCUACAGGCUGGUGACCUACAGGGAGAGGGACACGGUGCUGGCAGCCAACAGGUCCAGUGGGGCAGUGUUCCCUAAGAAAGGAGACCCUGCUGCGGCUGGCUUCCUGUCCCUCUUCAUGAUGACCCCUGGGCUCAGCAGAGCGCGUCCGCAUGACACGUCCCUGGUGUCGUUCGAGGCGUCCGAUCGGCCCAACUACUUCCUGGCUGUGGACAGCAGCGGCCAUCUUACACUGACCAAGUGGGAGGAGAGUGAAGCAUUCUGGGCUGUGGCUACCUUCACGCUGCACCGUGACACCUGGAUCCAGGGUUAUGAUUCUCUGGAGGCUUUGGCCAGACCGGGAUUCUUCCUCCACUACAUGCUGUCCUGGAUUCACCUCAUGAAGUACAAACACACCGACGGAUUCCGCAAGGCCACGCUCUUCAAACUGACAGGCCCUGGUCCAGACACCCCUACGGGUCCUAAGUGCCAGUGGAGGUAUGAGUCGUGUGUCAGCCCCUGCUUCAGGACCUGCAGUGACCCCUCGGGGGGGUUAUGUGGCACCGUUCCAAAAGUGGAGGGAUGUCUGCCUCUGUGUCCUGGUCACAUGGUGCUGGAUGAGGUUACUCAGAGAUGUGUCCAUGUUGAAGACUGCAUUAAGCCACCAGUUGCUGUGCAGCCCAUUACUACUGUCAGCAGUGUUGAGUCAACGCCUGCAGCUGUCACUCCUUCAGCCACCACAACCACCACUAGGAGCAGCCCGGCUAGCCCUGGCCUCUCUACGGCACGCUCCACCCCGGGUCCCCCUGUCCCCCUCACCACCACCUCCAUCCAGCCUCCCUACACCACCACCCCUUCAGACACAGUCCCCACCACUGCAGCCACCGCCACCAUUCCUAUUGUCUCAACUUCUGCUUUGGAUGCUCUGACCACCUCUGCUAAGGUUCCGACCACAGUGAGCGAUCAGGUGGUUCUGCCCAGCACCUCUUCAGCCGUACCGACCCCAGAGGGAACCAGUUUAGCAGCAACACCCUCAUCUCCAUCCCUGGCCACUGCAGUCAGACCUGAGGUGGUGGAGGUUGAAUCUACAGUGAAGACAUCUCCAUCCUUACCCUCCACUACAGAAGGCAGUACAGAGAGGACGACCAGGGCCCCCAGUUCCACACCCAGCCCCCUAGGCCCCAGCACAGAGAGGACCAGCCAGGUCCCCUUCUCUAUCACAGCUCUGUUCUGGCUCACGUCCUCCACCACCAGCCCUCCUCCAUCCACUACCAUGGGCCCCUGGAUAAGCUCCACCGUGGGGCCUCCUCAGACCAGCGCCCUGCCUGCAGUACCAGUCACCCCCACCAGUGUGACCACCAAGGCCACCACACGUCCAGGAGACACAGUGACUCCAGUCUCAACCACCUCUAGUCCACGUCCAACCACAGUCUCAGAGACACCCAGGGACACAGCUUGGACUACAACUAGGACUACAACCAGGUCUACAGCUUCUAUAACCACCCUUGGUGCACCCACAGAGACAAGCACAAAGCCUGUAACUGUGGAGACAACCGAGCCAUCAACAAUCAAAGUCCUCUCUCCUGGUGUAUCGACUACAGCCGAUACUACAGUACCCUCUCUCUCACCGACCUCCACCGUUCACACCGAAACAACAACAAUACCACCACCUCCAGAACCCACUUCAAAACACAGCACAGUAUCAACCUCACUAGUCACCCCUUUCACUACUCUCAGCACUACACCGUCCACACGCCCGAAGACAACACCACCACUUGUUUUCACGGCAACCACAGAGAAGACCGUUCACACCUCCCCGACAGAGCUAAGGACAUCCACAACUCCAGUUCCUGAGCUACCGACUACCACCGCUGUUCCCAUGCUGCCAACAACAACAACAAUAUCAACCGGUCCUACCUCAGAACAGCCGGCGACAACCAAGAAAACGACGAGAUCACCUGUCUCAAUGGCAACAGCGGAACCCUUUGCAACAGCCCGUAUAACUAUGACACCGGCUGUAGUCACACCUGUGAUUGUCAUAGACAUGGUAACAACAUCUCAACUGACAACAACACCCACGGCCUACACUGAAAGGACCUCUUGGUCUGGCGUUGUUCCAACCACAGAGAGAACCACAGAACACACAACCACAACCGCACACCCGACCGAAGCUGUGGACUGGAGACUGACCACUACUACCGGUCCCCCGACCGUACGGACCACAACAACUCAACCCAUCACAAUGGAAAUCUCCAGCACGACCACCAAACCUCCAGACCUUCUGGUAACGACCACAGAGUCCCCCAAGAUCACCUUCACCUCUCCUUCCAUCUCGACCACAACAGAGGCAGUGGUCCCAACCACAACCACAUUACCUGUAUCACUGACCACCACGACCGUGCCAGGUCCACCAGUGGCUGUAGGGACCGUAACGACCCAGCCCCCCACCACACUGAAGACCACGAAGCCUUGGAGGCCCCCCCACAGCGAAACCUCCACCACUCCUUCUAGCCCUGUCUCUAGCACAGAGAGGGUGACCACACCUGAGGUCCCAGUGAAACCUGCGGUCAGCACAGAAGUAGACGUCUCUCCACACCAAGUCUUCUCCACUACCACCACUGACGCACUUCACCACGUUGCUUCAUCUACAGUGCCAGGCGUCACCACCACAACCUCAGUUACCAUGACGACCACCGCCAAAACCACCACAGCUCCGCCCGAGACUUCAACCGGCUCAGUUUCAACCUCCAGGACGGAGAGACCUCCUGCGACACCCGAACACCCGGCCGUGCCUGUGACCACUGUCCCACCUUUACCUGGUGUCCAUACGACCACCAUCACACCUGUACCUGGUGUCCCAGUGACCACUGCCAUCAGACCAGUGACCAUCAGACCGCUAACAGAGACUACUAGCGUUCCUCCCGAUACAGGAAGGGUGGAAGUAUUGUCUACUACUUCCACAACAACUACACAAGAACCAACUUCUUCCUGGUCUGGUCCAGUAACCACAACCAGCUCCUCCACCUCCACCACGUCAGUCCCCAGACCCACUAGCCACCCAGAGAGAGUCACUACCAGAGUGGUUCCUACUUCUAAAGUGGUCUCCAAGACAACCCACAGACCAAUGACAACAACACGCAGGACAACAACAGGCAGGGUUCCCGUGACGACGUCCAGAACUGCCACAACGGUGAGGUCCACCGCCAGACCAAGCACUGUUAGGGCAACUGUAGAUACAAGAACUCUGGGAGUUCCAGGGGUUCCGACAGCGACGACCAGACCCGGUCCUCCUACGGUUGCUCCUCCGAGCCUGGUCACAGCUACCGUCUCAGAGGUUGUUCCAACCACGACCGUUCGUACCACGACCAAACCAGCCAUCACUGCCAGAUCCACAGAAUCUACCGCCGUCCCCACAGGACCCACAGGAACGACCACAGAACCAUCCACAUCCACCACUACUACACCAGAAGGAAUAGUACUAUCCACCACUAGAGAGACAGGGGAUACUCCAGCAUUCACAGAGAGCACAACCAGAAUGACUCCUUCGCCUGACCUGCUGACCUCUACAGAGGUCGCAGCCACUCCAGGGGUCACACCAAAGGUCACGCCAAAGGUCACACCAGAUGUGACAGCAGCUCCCUCAGUCCCCGCCUUGCCCCCCACGGCCACCUCGACCUCCACCCCAGAGCCAGAGAGGGUGGACGGAGUAGACACCACUGCACCAAAGACUCCAACGCCGUCACCUGUGUCUCCGUACACCACAUCAGAGACAACCGCGUCACCUUCGGUAGUAUCGCCGUAUACCACGACAGAGCGUGUAGGAACUACGGCAGAGGUUACUACAUCCAUGGCAGUGUCCUCAACUAGGAUGUGCUCCCUAGGGCUCAAUGUAGGCUCCAUGGGGCUCAAUGUAGGCUCCAUGGGGCUCAAUGUAGGCUCCAUGGGGCUCAAUGUAGGCUCCAUGGGACUCAAUGUAGUGUCCUUGGGGCUCAAUGUAGGCUCCCUAGGGCUCAAUGUAGGCUCCAUGGGGCUCAAUGUAGGCUCCAUGGGGCUCAAUGUAGGCUCCACGGGGCUCAAUGUAGGCUCCAUGGGGCUCAAUGUAGGCUCCACGGGGCUCAAUGUAGGCUCCACGGGGCUCAAUGUAGGCUCCCUGAGGCUCAAUGUGGGCUCAAUGGGAUCCAAUCCUCCCUAUUCAGAGAUCAUAGAUGAGUGUACCAAGUUCCUCUGUGUGAGCGGCCAGCUGGUCCGAUUCAACAUGUCCCAGAACUGUCUGUAUAACUCCACCCCUCCUAACUGCGGCCUGCUCGGCUUCGCCAUCCUGGUCAACGGGGACAAGUGCUGCCCGCAGUGGGACUGCCCAUGUCGCUGCUCAGUUCCCGACCUGAACGUGAUCACGUUUGAUGGUAACAGCGUGGCCAUCUACAAGGCUACCUCCUACAUUGUGACCCAGCUGCCCAGCGAGACCGUCAGCAUCGUGGUCCAGGAAUGCCCCGCUGACUCAGACACGCUGCUGUGGAAUUUCACCAACCUGUGUCUCGUGGUUUUGAACAUUACCCACAAGUCCAACCACCUGGUCAUCAACAGACUGCAGAGGAGGCUGUAUGUGAACUCGAGGUACGCCAAGCCGAGGUUCAAGAAGUUUGGCUUUGAGAUCCUGGACACCGGCAACAUGUAUCUGAUCCGUACGCCAGCGGGCCUGAAGCUGCAGUGGUUCCACAGCACGGGCAUGUUGGUCAUCGAGACAGAGAGCUACAACAGCAAACUGCCCACCAUGGGCCUCUGUGGCUGCUGUGAUGGUAACCCGGCCAAUGACCUGAUGCUGUCGAAUGGGACGACAGUCGGGGAGAGCGAGGACCCAGCGGUGUUCAUCGACAGCUGGCAGGUCCCCAACACCACCAGUUACAUCAGCCACAGCCGGCGCAGAGAAGUCAACUGUUCCACCAGCGACUGUUCCCAGUGUAUGACCAUGCUCCGAAACACCUCCUUCAGCCCCUGCCAUGCUUUUGUUCCUCCCAGUACGUUCUGUGAGGUGUGGGUCCGUGACGCGGAGUACGUCACCAACCCGUGUGUCGCGCUGGCUGCCUACGUGGCAUCUUGUCACAAGUUCAACGUCUGCAUGGAGUGGAGGAGCCCAGACUACUGUCCCUUCAUGUGUCCAGACCGACUGCGUUACCAGGCCUGUCUGCCUACCUGUACAGCCCAGUCCUGCUCCAACCACGACUUUGACCACGACCCUGAGCAGUGUACAGGCCUGACAGAGGGAUGUGUUUGUCCUGAAGGCACUCUGCUCCAUCGACCCUACUCUGCCCUCUGCAUCCCCCCUGAGAAGUGUGCCUGUACGGACAGUUCGGGUGUACCCCGUGCUCCUGGCGAGGUGUGGAAGGCGUCUAAAGAUGGCUGCUGUAUGUAUCGCUGUGACAACGACAGCAUCGUUCCCGUGGAGUAUAACUGCUCUGCCGUGCCUCAGCCACUCUGCCGCAGCGGGGAAGUGGUCAUCGGUCUGGCAGACGACACCUCCUGCUGCCCACAGAGAGCCUGCGUUUGUAACCAGACCCUGUGUGACAUCUUCCCCCCGGAGUGUCAGUAUGGAGAGAAGCUGGUGUCUUACUUCAGAGAGGAGUCCUGCUGUCCAGACUACGUCUGUGAGUGUGACCCAGAGCGCUGUGAGUCAGACGUCCCAGCCUGUAGAGAGGACCAGACCCUCAUCGCCACCAGGGCUGAUGGCAGCUGCUGCCUGGCACACAUCUGUAUGUGUGGUUCCUGUUUGGAGGUGGUCCCAAACUGCCAGGAUGGAGAGGUGUUGACGGUGGACGCAAACAGUACAGACCUCUGCUGUCCUGUCUACCACUGUGUGUGUGAGCCGUACCGGUGUGCUGCAUUGUCAUGUCCCUUGGGGAUGUCUGCUGUCACCGUGUCCCCUCCAGACCACUGCUGUCCUCUUCACACCUGCGAGUGUGCAUGUGACAAACUGUCGAAGCCAAAAUGUGUUCUG